AUGGCCUUAGCAACAUCACCUAGACGUGAUACAAGUCGACAGUUACGUCCAACGGGUUUAGAAACAGAUGGUUUUACUGUAAAAUCAUUAUUAAAAAAUGCUAAAGUAACACCGCCAAAAAAUUCAGGCGCAACUACCAUUCGUCCAAGUAAACCUACAGCAUUUCGAAAGUUUUAUGAACGUGGAGAUUUUCCUAUUGCACUUGAACAUGAUACAAAAGGAAACAAAAUUGCAUGGAAAGUUGAAAUUGAGAAAUUAGAUUAUCAUCAUUAUUUACCAUUAUUUUUUGAUGGUUUAUGUGAGAUUGAACAUCCAUAUGAUUUUUUUGCUCGACAAGGAAUACACGAUAUGCUUGAACAUGGCGGAAACAAAAUAUUACCUGUCAUACCACAAUUGAUAGUUCCAAUUAAAAAUGCUUUAAAUACUCGAAAUCAUAAAGUGAUAUGUACAACUUUGAAAAUUUUACAACAAUUGGUAAUGUCAGCAGAUAUGGUUGGUGAAGCACUUGUACCUUACUACAGACAAAUAUUACCGAUAUUUAAUUUAUUCAAAAAUUGGAAUUCUAAUCUUGGAGAUGGAAUUGAAUAUGGUCAACAACGACGAGAAAAUAUUGGUGAUUUAAUUAAUGAAACACUGGAAGUAUUUGAACGUCAUGGUGGUGAAGAUGCAUUUAUCAAUAUUAAAUAUAUGAUACCCACAUAUGAAUCGUGCAUGUUAAAUUAA